AUGUUCCAUCUCCCAAUCGUAUAUACUCCUCUGCCUCAAAGACCCCAAGACUGGCGGCAGCAAUACUCCAUUAACCAGCCCUAUCGUAUGUUUUCCCCCAUUCACACAGUUCUUCCUAGUACCACCAACAACACAGGCACCCCAGAUCCUCGCUUCCUUCCUAAUCCAGUCCUCCUUAUUUUGACUUACAAUCAACCUCCCAUCGCCAUUGAUCUUAGACUGCCCAUCAACCUGUCUCCCCAAAAUCAAGUCUUUACGAACCUCCUCAAUCCCCAUGUUACCAAGCUUCUUGAAAGUGCUACGGUCUUGCAUAGCAACCGUAUUACUAUAACACAUCCUCGCCUGCCCUGGGCUAUCAAACUCCGUCAAGCGAGCCCACUCACUGUUCAGGAUGUCCUUGUCGGUGUAUGGAACUUUCUUCAGCAACCUGUCAGCCAAGUCGAUUACUUCAACCUAGAUAUGACUUCCGCAUACCGCUUUCAAAAUGGACCCCCUCAAACUGGACAAGAGCUUGUUUGUAAAGCAUUCCGUCAAUGCUGCAGGGCCAUUGGCGAGUGGUACCGAGAUCAGACAGGCAUGAUUGAGUAA